AUGAGAGCUAUUGAUUACGCUGCCCCAACAUCACUAAGCGAAGCGGUUGCCAUUAUGGCUGCCCACGGUGACCGUGCCCGGCCUUUGGCCGGCGGUACCGACGUUCUAGUUCAACUGCGCGGAGGCCGCCGAGAGGCCGACGUGGUGGUCGACACCAAGAAAAUUCCGGAACUGAACGGAAUCAAAGUAGACGAUAGCGGCCUGCAACUUGGCGCGGCCGUUGCCUGCUACCAGAUAUACCAGAAUCAGGCGGUAGCCGCCGCCUACCCGGGCUUGAUCGACGCUGCCAGUCUCAUCGGCAGCGUACAAAUUCAGGGACGGGCAUCCAUCGGCGGCAACCUGUGUAAUGCCGCUCCGUCUGGCGACAGCAUUCCACCAAUUAUGACGAUGAGCGCCGAGGCCCACAUCAACGGCCCCAACGGUUGGCGCACUGUCCCGACCGACAGUUUCUGCACUGGGCCCGGCCGUAGCGUACUGGAACCCGACGAACUGCUGGUUGCCAUCCAGAUACCCGCUCCGGCCGCCCACACAGGCACCGCGUAUCUGCGGUUCAUCCCCCGCAACGAGAUGGACAUUGCCGUAGCUGGUGUCUCCUCCACGGUAACGCUGGAUGCGUCCGGACAGAACAUCGUGUCGGCGCGCAUCGCGCUGGCAUCCGUUGGGCCCACGCCCAUUCUGGCCUCAGCAGCCGGCGACGGUUUGGCCGGCAAAGCCGUCUCCGACGACGCGAUCGCGGAAGCAGGACGGUUGGCCAGCGAGGCCGCUUCACCCAUUACCGAUAUGAGAGGCACGAUUCGCCAGCGCCAUCACCUGGUCGACGUGCUGACGCGCCGCACACUGCAUAUUGCCAUCCGGCGCGCCCGAGGAGAAGAAUAA